AUGGGAAAGAUUGCAGUACAGCAUAUCACGGAGGAAGAGCUAAAUGUUGUUAUGCCUUCAGCGGUCAGCCAUGGUGUUGUUCACGUAACUGGUGAUACAUGUGGUUCUUCUACUGGCAAGUGUCAUAACAUACGUCGUUGGGGGACAUUAACAUUAGGUGCGCUGAUUGGUGUCAUUGUCGGUAGUGUUCUUGGAUGUUGUUUAUUGGCAGUCGAUGGUUUAAUGGUUGAAUUGCAAAGUUUAAUGGAAGCCAAUGUUAAACUCCAAAUAGAAUGCAAUAAUGUGCUAUCAGUAAAAGAUAUCAAUGUUAAACUUCGUUUAGAAAAUGAUAUGAUACGUCUUGAAAUAACCGAAUUACAAAAUCAUUGA